CAAACAAGACAUGCAUGCAAAUUAUUCAGAAGGAAAAGCUGUAAAUUGAGUUGAGCCAAUCAGAAACAAGAAACACUAUUACCUCAGACUGUCCAAUUUUACCUUUUAAAACAUUGGGUCAAAUCAUGAAAGUAGGUCACUGAACAUAGCACUGACACAAGCAAGAUGAAAGAAGUAAAGAUAGCUGGGCUCCUUUUCAUCAGUUAUUCACUGCUUUACGGUUUUGUUGCACCAUUGAACUGCACCAGCCCAACUCCUGAGGCCUUGUUUGAUGCAUUCGAGACUGAAUUAUUUCCUAGAAAACUACUUCGACCUGUAAAAAACUUUACAGAUAUCCUGAACGUAUCCAUCGAACUGAUUAUAGUGGGAAUUUUAGGAGUGAAUGAAAAAGACCAGACCUUAACAGUAUUCAUAUGGCAAAUCCUGGAGUGGCAUAUAGCGGGACUGAGCUGGGAUGAGAAGGAAUGUGGAACUACAAGAGUCUCUGUCCCUCGAGAAAAGCUUUGGGUCCCAGACAUCGUCAUCAAUGAGUUCAUGGACGAGGACAAAUCUCCCAAAACCCCAUAUGUCUACUUAUACAACACAGGUCAUGUAUUUGAUGAUAGGCCGAUCAGAGUGAUCGCCACCUGCAAAUUAGUCAUCUACACUUUCCCCUUUGAUAUCCAAAACUGCUCGCUGACCUUUGAACCAUACCUGCACUUCGCUGAAGACAUAGAGAUGAAUCAAAGACAUUCAGCUGCAGAGAUCCUGGAGGAGUCCAGGGACGUGCUACAGACCAGAGGAGAGUGGGAGCUUAUUGAUAUCAAACAAGCUCAAACAACCCUUGAAGUUACAGAAGGAACCUACUCUGAGCUCAAAUACUUUAUCAUUUUGAGACGUAGGCCAAUCCUUUAUGUGGUAAACCUCCUGUUGCCUAGCUGCUUCCUCAUCACAUUGGACCUCUUCAGCUUCCUGCUGCCUCCCCAAGGUGUGGACCGGUCCUCCUUUAAGAUGACUCUCAUCCUGGGCUACACCGUUUUCCUGCUCAUCAUGAAUGACCUGCUGCCUGUCACUGGAAAUACAACACCUCUAAUAAAUGUUUUAUUCUCAGUGAGUCUGGCUCUGAUGGUGGCCAGCCUGUUGGAGACAGUGUUUAUCACCAACAUCCAGUUCAGCACCAGAAAGGUGCCUCACUGGCUCAGUGUCCUUGUGCUACGUUAUUUAGCUGUUGUUGUUUGUCUCCCUCCAAAAAAGAAGAGCAACCGCGUCACAGUCUCCCUUCACCCACCUGCUAGAGCCAUGAGUCCCAGCAUCAUCUCUUCAAGAGAUCUUCAGAGCGUCUCUGGUGAUACACCUCAUGAGAAACCCCCUCCGGAUCCAGCCCUGGAUGAACUGAGGAAGCUGAGCAGAGAUCUCAUGGCCAUCCGCCUCCAGGUAGACAAACAUGCCCAGGGGGGCAAUACCACACAUGAAUGGCAAAUGAUCGGAUUAGUCAUUGACCGCCUGCUUUUUGGCCUGUACAUUGCCAUUAUCUCUUCCCUUUUUAUCACUAUCAUAUCCAUCUGGGUCUGGAGUAACGCAGAACUUAGUUGACUUAAUGGAAGAGUUAAGUCAGACAAUUAUGUGGCUCAUCAGCAAAAGUUUGACCAGUUAGCAGCUUACACUUGGAUUUAUUAUUCAGUAGUUCGAGUAGAAGAUUCAGAAUCUGAGUUAUUUGAUGCAGGAAAACAAAAUGAAAUGCAGAAAACAUCCAGUAUGUAUAGAAGGAAUGAUUACACCAGGCUUAGCUUAUUUUAAUGUUUAUAUGGAUACCGACUGUUUUUUAUAGUAGAAUCGAAAAAUGUGAACCUAUCCUUUAACCAGUAUUAAUUAUCUUCAUGAACAAUCAAUGGUUGAGUCCAAGUUAAAGUUUCUGUAUAAUUAAUUGGAGAUAUUCUGAUAAUAGACCCUAUAUUUUACGUAAAAUGCCAUGCCUACACUUCAAGCCCAAAACACACAAAAAAAAAUGUCUCUUUCCUGAAAUCAUGACCUGGCUUCUCAAGAUAAUCCUCAGACCUUGU